UGACGUCACGAGCUUCGUGAAGAAGCGCAUGAUCGCCGUGCCAGCGGAGGUGUGACCGUUCUUCGGGAUUAGUUACUUGAAAUUCUCAGGGAUUCGAUAUCGUCUUAGCAAAAAGUCAUGAGUGGCAAAGAGAGGAUCCCCAUCUUCCCUUCCCGUAUGGCAAUGACCCUCAUGAGGGGAAGGCUGAAGGGUGCUCAGAAGGGUCACAACCUUCUCAAGAAGAAAGCCGACGCUCUGCAAAUGCGGUUCAGGACGAUACUGAAGAAAAUCGUAGAGACCAAGUCACUUAUGGGGGAAGUAAUGAAGGAGGCGGCGUUCUCCCUGGCCGAGGCCAAGUUCACCAGCGGCGACUUCAACCAGGUCGUCCUCCAGAACGUCACUCGGGCUCAGGUCAAGGUCCGGUCGCGAAAGGACAACGUUGCAGGUGUGACCCUGCCGAUCUUCGAGUGCUACCAGGAAGGCACAGACACCAACGAGCUGGCCGGCCUGGCCCGCGGUGGCCAGAAGCUGGGAAAGCUGAAGAAGAACUACUAUGAGGCAGUCAAGCUGCUCGUGGAGCUGGCUUCCCUGCAGACCUCCUUCAUCACCCUGGACAGUGUCAUCAAGAUCACCAAUCGGCGUGUCAAUGCUAUUGAGUACGUGAUCAUUCCCCGCAUCGACCGCACGCUCCAGUACAUCACAUCUGAGCUCGACGAGAGGGAGAGAGAGGAGUUCUUUAGGCUGAAGAAAAUCCAGGAAAAGAAGAAGAAGAUCAAGGCACAGAAGGAGGCCGACCUGGCCAAGCACAAUGCCGAAGUGGGAUUGCUUGCCGAGGCAUUUGAACACGCACCGAACAUCCUCGAGGAUGCACACGAUGAGGACAUCCUGUUCACUUAAUGAUGUUUGCCCGUUCACUGUACACAUUGUUGUUAAGGGGCUGUGAUCCAUUCUCCCCACUGUCCUCUGCCGUGUGGUGUGUCCGAAUGUAUCCAAGUAGUUAAACACGUAAUAUAUGUUGUUGUUUGACCUUCACGUUCGAAGCAUGUCCUGCUACAAAAGAAACCUGCUGGACAAUAAACACUCUCUGUGGUAA